AUGGGAAAUCAACUUUCUUGCAUUGUGAUUAAAGGGGUUAUUCAUGAUACAUUUCAAAUCUAUCUUUUGGAUUUUGAUUCUGGAAAAUGGUUUCAUUAUCAUGAUGUGGGACAUUUGGAUUAUGUGGCUGCCUAUGGUCAUGAACUUACUACUUUUGAAAUUUCAUUUGAUUGCUGGAUUCAUGAUCAAAUCAUCUUUGAAAUCUUCUUUAAAGAAAAGAGGCCUCAAGCUAUCUUAAGCAACAUGAAUUUUAGUUACAGUGUCCAGACUAGAAAACUAACAAAGAUUGAGGGCAUUAAGAAUGAAGACAUUAUCUUUGGUGAUCAUGUAAUACUUCACACCAACAGUCUAAUUUCAUUGCCAAGUACUCCAACAUAG